GUCAACAUAUCAGGCCUUAUUAUAUUGUUUUUAGGUGUGCUUUGUACGAUCACAAACAUAUGAGUAGUUUCUACUAAAAUGUAUUCAUCUACAAAUAUUAUGAUUUGUAUAUUUUUAAUGGGAUGUAUAAGUUCUUUGUGUUUUCAUUUAAAUCCAGUUGACUCUUUAUUCGAUAUUAAAACUGACCCUGAGAUAUAUAUGAAUAUUAGUGAAAUAAUACGGAAACAAGGUUAUUUAGUUGAAGAACAUGAGGUUACUACGGGCGACCAUUACAUUCUGUGUUUAAUUAGACUUUACACGAACCAGUCAACUCAUCAAAAGCGUAAAGUUGUUUUAUUGCAACAUGGAUUACUGGACUCAUCACAUGCAUGGGUGAUGAAUUUAAGAAAUCAGAGUUUAGGAUAUAUUUUGGCUGAUAAUGGGUAUGAUGUUUGGCUAGGGAACAGCAGAGGCAGUACAUAUUCAAAGAAACAUAAGCAUCUUGAUUCAAGUCAAAAAGAAUAUUGGGAUUUUUCAUGGCAAGAAAUGUCAAGGUAUGAUUUUCCGGCAAAAAUCCGACAUAUUAUAUCAGUAACUAAGAUGAAGCAACUUUGUUAUGUCGGAUUUUCUCAGG